CCGGUUUGUGUGUAUGGUGAGAUUAGGGAUGUCAGUGCAGUACGGCGGUGAGAGCCCGGCCAGCUCUGGGUUGAGUCUUCAUCACCCUCAUCUUCCUCAUCACCUUCUACAUAAUCACCUUCAUCAUCCUCACCCCCCUCCUCCCCCUCCUCCUCUUCCUCACCUCAGUGAAGCUUACUGUGUAGAGGAGGAAGAGGAUGAGGGUGAGGAGGAAGACGGUGACACUGAGAAACCGCGGAUCCUCCUGAUGGGGCUCCGGCGCAGCGGCAAGUCCUCCAUCCAGAAGGUGGUCUUCCACAAGAUGUCCCCGAGCGAGACGCUGUUCCUGGAGAGCACCAACAAGAUCUACAAAGACGACAUCAGCAGCAGCUCCUUCGUUCACUUUCAGAUCUGGGAUUUCCCGGGGCAGGUGGACUUCCUCGACCCCGCCUUUGACUACCAGAUGAUUUUCAGAGGCACCGGGGCGCUCAUCUUCGUCAUCGACGCUCAGGACGACUACAUGGAGGCUCUGGGACGUCUGCACCUCACUGUGUCCCGCGCCUACAGGGUCAACCCGCGCAUCAACUUCGAGGUGUUCGUGCACAAGGUGGACGGUCUUUCAGACGACCACAAGAUUGAGACACAGAGAGACAUCCACCAGAGGGCCAACGAUGACCUGGUGGACGCCGGCCUCGACAAACUGCACCUCAGCUUUUACUUGACCAGCAUCUACGACCACUCAAUAUUCGAGGCGUUCAGUAAAGUGGUGCAGAAGCUCAUCCCUCAGCUGCCCACGCUGGAGAACCUCCUCAACAUCUUCAUAUCGAACUCAGGAGUUGAGAAAGCGUUCCUGUUCGACGUGCUCAGUAAGAUCUACGUGGCCACAGACAGUUCUCCCGUGGACAUGCAGUCGUACGAGCUGUGCUGUGACAUGAUCGACGUCGUCAUCGACGUCUCCUGCAUCUACGGGUUAAAGGAGGACAGCAGCGGCUCUGCGUAUGACGAAGGCUCUCUGGCCAUCAUUAAGCUGAACAACACCACGGUGCUCUACCUGAAGGAGGUGACCAGGUUCCUGGCGCUGGUGUGUAUCCUGAGGGAGGAGAGCUUUGACAAGAAAGGUCUGAUCGACUAUAACUUCCACUGUCUGAGGAAGGCAAUACACGAGGUGUUCGAGCUGACGGCUGUCCGGAGGAACAGCGUGGACGACUCACCCACCAGCGCCGACUUUACGGCUCCGCUGCUCAACGGCGCCCCCAGAGGCCCGGUGUGACAUCACAGGGGGCGGAGUCUUCAUUUAAAACUGAGGAGGA